AUGAAGGCGCUGGCGACGAUGCCGACGCUCUCGCGGACCGCCGCGGUCGCUCGCGUCGCGCCCCGCGGCUCGCGCUCGCACCGCUGCCCCUCGCCGCUCCUCGCCGCGCCUCGAUCGGCGACGUGUCUUCCCCGUCGUGUCGUCCGCUCCGAGGCGCGCGGCUGGCCGCGCCCGCGCGCGGUCGGUCUCGGUCUCGCGACGCGCGCGGUCGCCGACGAUGGGACCGUCGCGUCGUCUGCGCUCGACCCGCACUCCUUCGAGGGAACACGCGCGCUGGCCAAGCUCGCGAUGCUGGUGUACUGGAACGCCGGCCAGGACGGGUUCUGGGACCCGACGUACGACGGCACCGGCCUGGACCUGUCCACCCCGCUGGGCUUCGAGCCCCUCAUCGCGUCCGAUCCCGCCGCGCUGCGCAGGGAGGUGCUGUCGUCGCUGGUCCCUGGCGAACCGGCGCUCUGGCUCGACCCGGACCCCGGGAUGGGCCCGCUCACCCCGUCGUUCGCCACCGUCGAGGAAGCCAGGGACGCCGCGUUGGGUCUGGUCAAGCCGAGCCCGCCCGUCAGCCGCGUCGCCGUCGUGCGACUGGCCAAGCCCGACUGGAUAGCGGUCAUCUUCCGCGGCACCACGCCGUCGCCGCUGCGGGGGUUACUUCGCGAGGGCCAGGUCAACUCCAUGGCGGGACAGGAGACGUGGGAGGAGACGCCGCUCGCGUGGGUACGCGGCGAUGAUGAGGGUCCACGGGUGCACAGGGGGUACGCCGCGGCAUACAGGACGGUUCUCGCCGAGGUUGAAGGCGCGGUGACCGCGCACGCGCGAGCGGAGCUCGAAGCUCGAAGCAAAGCCUCCGCCGGCUCCUCGCAGGACACGCCGCCCCCGUGUAAGGUGGUCGUGGUGGGUCACAGCCUGGGCGGCGCGCUGGCGGCGCUGUGCGCGUCUCGGUUGGCGCACGACCCCGACGUGACGCGACUCGGCGCCCAGGUGGAGUGCGUGACGUUUGGUCAGCCGAGGGUGGGCGACGGCGAGUGGGCGAGCGGCGUGGACGAGCGGACGCCGCGUUUGACGUACACUCGCGUCGUCAAGGCUGGGGACUUGUUCGCCAGGGUACCCACGAGCGGGUUCUGGCUCCCCGGAGGUAACGGCGGACGGUUGCGUGUGGAGUACGCACACGCGGGAGCGCUGGUGUGGACGAGCGAAACGGACGAGAAGGUGCGAGCUUCGGCGGGUCGUGGGGAGGCAGUGCCGGCGGGGUUCUGGACGGACGCUCGGAUGGCGAACCCGAUCUCGGUGGCGAGGGAUCACGCGGGGUACGCGUAUUUCUUCGAGAAGGAGGAGCUCGGGAGGGCGUGGCCGAGCCGGGACGCGCUGUUCCCGAGUGGGAUACCUUGCCACGCCACCGUGGAUGGUACUACGUACCGCGCCCCAGCAGACGACGAGACGAUCAUGUCCAUCGCCCUCGGCGUCUUGACGACGCUGGUGUUGGUGGCGUGUCGUCCGGUAGCCGCGCAGUCUCCGUCAUGCCCGUGCCUGCAGACCGCCUCGUGGCCGAUUCUCGGGACCGACCGAAUUACAAACGCCAGUUGCAACCGGGUGCUCGUCGGGGGCGAGGUGCAUUGCUAUCCCAGCACGUACGGUCUCGGGAGCUGCGCGAAGCACGACGAGAAUCGCGAGCCACACUGCGACGGGUCUUCCCCCGCCUCCUACUGCGCCGAGCCGUGGUGCUACGUGGACCCGGUAACCUGCCGGGGCUCAACCAAGCGUUUCGCGGAAUCCGACAUUCUCAUCGACGGCGGGUCGAAGGCGUACUAUUCCUACGACACGUGCGGGGGCGACGUCAGCAAGUGGAACAACCUGGUGGUCAACAGUCUCCUCAACGGCAAGACCCUCAGGGCGGCGGUCGCCAUCCCUUACUACUACCCCGACCACUACAUCGAGGACGCGGCGGGCGAGCCGAUAAAAUCCGCGGCGAGCUACGCCCCCGCAGAUCUCCCGGCUGGCGCCAAGGUGAAGGGAAUCUGGAUCGAUUUCUACAACAAGAUCGCCCAGCAGGCCAACUUCACGCUGGAUUGGCGCCCGGUGAGCGGUGGGAGCAAGGGGGCUCACUCGUCGUCGUUCACCGCGUGCGCGCAAGACGUCGCCGACGGCAUAGUGGACCUCUGCGUCGGCGAUUACUGGACCACGGAGGAGCGACUGUCGAUGACGACGUUCACCACCGGCACGCUGACCGACACGUUCUCGGUGCUGCAUCGCAAACAGGUGAACGCCCCGGCGACGUUAUCGAGCAAGCUCGCGAUGGCCGGGGCGCCGUUCUCGAUCGAGCUUUGGAUGACCUGCCUCGCGGUGUGCGUCGCCACCGGCGUUUGCUACAACACGCUGAGGGUCGGUUACAAGGAGUACCUGCCGAAGAUAUCUCACAAGGAGAUGUCUACGGGACAAAAGACAAUAGCGUGGCUCAAGGGAUCCGCGGCGUACACGUUCGGGGCGUUCCUGGAGUUUACGUCGCAGGACGUGCAGGCCGGGUACGACGCAAAGGGUAAUCCAGUUCCGAACAGGGCGUACGAGCUCAACUUGGUUAAGAUGGCGUGGAGUCUCUUCUGCAUGUUCACCCUGCUGACUUACACCGCGAGUCUGACCGCGCGGCUGGUGCGGAACGACGGGGGUAAGGUAGGGAUCACGACACUCGACGAGUGUCAGCAGUUCAAAUGCAAGGUGUGCGUCCCGGGGGUGAUGAUGAACACGAUGAAGCGGCUCUACAAGGACAGGAUCCUCUACCACGCCUCCUCGAGCUCGACCAACGUGUUCAGGGAUCUGGAGAAGGGCGAGUGCGACCUCGGGCUGAUGAUCGAACGCAGGUUCAACACCAUGUGGUCCUCGGGGGAGUAUAAACUGGACGCCGCGUGCGGCUUCGAGAUUGGCAAAGCUGUCAUGCCCAUAGGGUGCUCGCAGCCCGUGCGACAGGAGUACUCCGCCGCUAUUAGCUUCUGGGCUAAGAAAGUCGCAGACAAGGACUACUUCCUGGGAUCUCUCAUCGAGGACACGUACAUGCCAUCGCCGCCGUGCCCCAUGGCGGAGGUUAUCGACCUGAGCGCGAAAUCGUUGGGGGUGGAUGCGUUUUUUGCACCGCUCAUCAUCUACGUCAUACUCAUCUGCUUCGCGCUGGCCAGCAGGCUGUUCUUCACGAAGAGAAAGCACAAGAGGUCGUUUAGGAUGCCGUUCUCCUUUUCUUUUAAGGGGCGGAAGAGCGUUGAGAAGCCGCCGACCAGUAUCGAAGCGCCGCCGAGCUCAAAUGGCCAAGCUCAGAUGGCCGCGGACGAGCUCCCGCCGGUUCCCGAGCGCGCGCGGGCUUGA